AUGGCCGAACACCAACAACAUCAGCCUUCAGGCGAUACGGCGUCAGCAGCAGCAGUAGCAGAAGCGACUACAGGAAAUGGGACAGCAGAAAACACAAGAGGGGGAGGGGGAGGCGGAGGCGAAAAGGAAGCGCCUGGCGUGCGGGCGACGCGUCUGCAGGCCAUCUACGCGCAGGCCCUGGGCGGCACGCUGCGAAAGCUGAGCUGGGCCAACUUUGCGGGGUGCUACCCGACGAUUGCGCGGCGUGCCGAGGGGGUACUGAGGAAGUUGCAGGAGCAGAUGGCGAGUCAGCUGCAGGGGCGAUGCGAGAGAGAGUUUGAAAAGAUUCUUGAGAGCAGACAGGUCGUUGCCAAACUGAACGAGCUGGAGAAUCUGGUGGGCGACGCGGAGAAGAGACGGGAAGAGGCGCAAGCUGCUGGCAUCACAGAGAAACCCACGCCACCGCACACACUCCCGCCGCAGGCCAUUCUCGCCGCGCAUUUGCACCCGGCGCUGGCGCGGCACCACGCACAGCUGCGCGCGCAGCUCGCGGCGACGCAGAGUCAAAACGCGCUGCUGGUCGACGAGGUGCGGCGGCAGCGCGCCGAGGCGGACGCGCUGCUGGCACGGCUCGAGGACGCCGCGGCCGACGUGCGCGGCGCGAAUGAGGCGCUCGAGGAGGUGGUUGCGGCGCUGGCUGAGGAGACGCGGCUCGAUGCGGAGCAUGUCUGA